AUGAAUAUCGAUCCAGCCAUGGAAGAGGCCGAGAGGUAUCUCAAACAGAGCGAAGGCUGGGCGCCAGUACACAUCGGUGAAGACUGGGUUGGCGUCAAGCGUCUGGGUGGUGGUUCUUAUGGCAUAGCAACUCUGUUUGAAUAUCGAGGAAAUGAUCUAAAAGUAUCGCCGCGGCAACUAGUGGUUAAACAGGAAGGAGGCCCGGGUUUGAAUUUGAAACAGGAGAGUAGGAUGGUACAAAGUCUUAUGAAGUACGACAGUGACCAUAUCAUCAAGAUAUAUAAGGCUUAUCAUCGCACUAUGGGCAUGGGGACAAACGACGCUAUGGACCGGGCUAUUAUGGGUUAUGCUAGGUGGCUGCACACUGAAAAGGAGAUCGACGCCAAUAUUAAGGUACAACUCAGGCGAAAAUAUGAUGUAUCAAGAAUUUAUCUAGAAUUUGCAUCUGUAGGGGACCUAGGAAGUUGGAUGUUCGAAAACUGCAAUGAUCAGCGCCCUCCAGAGGAAUACAUUUUUAGAAUAUGGGAAUGUUUGUUGAAGGCACUGAUGGUUUUGAAAUAUGGGACAGAGAAUCCACAUGAUACAAUGUUUGAGGGACCGCCAGAGGAUCUCCAGCAUAAACCAAUUGCGCAUUUUGAUAUCAAGGGGCCAAAUAGUAAAAUCGGCGAUAAUCCUCGACCAGGCCAUGAACGUAUAUCAGUUCACAAGCUUGCCGAUUUCGGGCUCGCACUUGAAGUUCCUGACGCCGAAGCAUUGAGAAGGAGUGCUUCCAAACGGCGAGCAUGGCUCAAGAUAGCUCAAGGACGCAACACCUACUACGCACCUGAACAAUUUUUGGUCAGCAAUCCAAACCGCGUAAUAGGCACCUCAACCGACGUGUGGAAUGUUGCAAAUGUUAUUUACCAAUGCCUAGUAAAUAACAAUGCCGUGCCCGACAAUGAAUUCUUCGAGACAGGAGUCGAUCCCGAGCCUUCUGAGAUAUUCCUAACCAUGGGGCCAUGGCUCUUGCAUCCCGAACUAGAAGUUUAUAGUAGGCGAUUGAGGGGGUUGAUUUUGAAGUCUUUAUCAUUUUAUCCCACAGACCGUCCGGAUGUACGGGAUUUACUCGUACAGGUACAAGAAUCUGUGGAUUUUUGGAAUUUUGGCGAAAUCCAUGACUUGUUCUUGGAUGGCAUUUAUGGCGGCGAAUAUGGGUGGGAUGAAAUAUAUCCGGACGCUACUCGGGGGUCGAAAAAGGAUCAAGGUAUGAAGGUACUCAAGUUGCAAAAGGAGAAGCAGCCACGCAAACCAGACUACAGUAAUCCAAGGUGGUGGAGAUCGGCCGAAGAUGAAUACGAUUACGAUGAUUAUGAACUUUUAUUUCCGACUCGCAAGGCGCUUCAAAUGGGGUAUAGAGAAAUGCCGUUCAAACUGGGAAGACCGAUACGCAACCCGAUGUUCCCUGAUUGGAGAGCAGUCGGACUAGAUGGAAGGCCGGUGCGAGAUUCUGUAGGGCCAGCCUUUGAUGACCUAGAGGAUGACGCGGAAGAUGAUGCAGAUGAUCCGGAAGUUGAUGCAGUCGACCCAGAAGAUGAUCUAGAAGAUCCAGAAUACAUUCCAAAGGUAGGAGGUCCACGCGCCUACAACGAUGGGAAAGGAAAGGGAAGACUAGAACCAAGAUUCCAACGGGCCCUGAACAUCGAGCGGGGCGUAAAAAGAAUGCGCACACCCGAGGAAGAAGAAGCUCGUCCCUGGAUCAAGACCCCCGCUCCUGUCAGAAUCGGCCGCAAAGCACGAGUUCGAAAAGCUCCAGCCCGAAAAAUCAAACGCCGUAUAGCCCCGCCAGCUAAACACCUUCGUGUAGCGCCUUUCCACGAUGCAAAGAGACAACGAGUAGCGGGUCCUAACUCUCCGCAGUAUUAUGGAAAGGAAUAUAGAGUCGGUACUGCGGGGAAAGUGAUGGUUCGGCGUAAGGGACCUUCGUCUGGAUCGGGAGGAAUAGAGGUGGAGAGGAGUACGCCGUGGGCUUUGAAUCGACCGACUCCGAAAAGGCGUAAGGCUAAAAGGGGACAAGAUGACUAUGAUAUGUACUAUAAUGAAUGA